AUGAUUAAGUGGGUUUCCAAAGGUACGGGCUUGUACUAUGAAGGAAGACGAAUAUAUUUUCGUUGUUUUCAUAAAGGAAAAGAAAAAAUGGAGAAUGAGGAGAAUUCGAUUAUAAAUUAUAGAAUGAUAUUAGGUUUAAAAAAGAUUGAUAUAAAUAAUUUAUCAUCGUUAUGUCGAGAUUUUCAUAAUAUAUUUCGUAUAAACAAAUAUGAAUUAUUGAAAUAUGCACAUGAUAUCUUACCAUUUGUAAAAUAUUUAAGAACAAGUGAAAUAGUUAUGAUAUUACAUCAUUAUUCUUUUAUAAAUUAUACGAACGUUCAUUUUUAUAAUAAUGUAUGGUUACAAAUAAAAGAUAAAUUACAUGAUAUGGAUUGUAAAGAAUUAGCACUAAUCAUUUAUAGUAUGGGGAAAAUAAAAUAUACAAAUAAGGAUAUGAUAGUUUUUUUUGAAAAGGAGAUACAAAAAUGGUUAUUAAAAUUUAGUGGAAGGGACUGCUCCUUAAUAUUAAAGGGUUUACAAAAUAUUCCUUGUAAUAAUAUUAAUAAUAAGAUCUAUGAUUUAAUAUAUGAACAUAUAUUAAAUAUUAUAGAUAACUUAAAUAUAUUAGAUAUAUGUAUUAUAUUAAAUACACAUAGUAAAUGUAUUAACAACAAUAAAAAUAUUAAUAAUACCAGUAAUAUUAAUUCUAUUCAUAGUAAUAAUAUUAAUAUUCGAUUAUUUGAAGCACUUUUAAAUAAAUCCCUAACAUUCUAUACACAACUCAACGAACAGUGUAUAGGUUCUCUACUAUGGAGUAUUAGCCAUGCUGAAAUAAAAGCAGAAAAAUAUUUUUCUUUGUUGGCUCGUAGAUUAAGAAUUGUUAUGUACACAAAGUUAAUCGCUGAUGGGAAAAUUGUUAAUGAAGACACAAAAGAAGAUAAUAAAACAAAAGAAGAUAAUAAAAAAAAAGAAGACAACAAAACAAAAGAAGAUAACAAAAAAAAAGAAGAUAAUAAAAAAGAUGAAGAUAAUAAAAAAGAAGAAGAUAAUAAAAAAGAUGAAGAUAAUAAAAAAGAAGAAGAUAAUAAAACAAAAGAAGAUAAUCUUCACAAUGGUAAUGUACAAACACAUAUAGAUUUACCACAAUGUUAUAAUAAUAAUAAUAUUCUUGAUAAUAUUUAUACAAAUAAUUAUGAACAUGAUAAUUAUCAGCUUCAUAACGAUUCUUAUAAUACUCCAUCGGAUAAUCCGAACGAUCAUUGUAAUCCUCUGAAUAAUCAUAAUACUUGUCAUCAUGAAAAUGUUAUUCCCUCUAUUAUUUAUUCAUAUGGAAAACAAAGAGUUUAUAUGAAACAUCAUAUAGACAUAGAUAAAAAUAUAUACAACCAUAUUAUAAAUAGCUACCCUGUAUAUGAUAAUAUACAUAACAAGCCAGUUGAAAAAAUAUAUAUGUUUGAUUUUUCUAAAAAAUUCUUAAGAGACCAAAAUAUUUUUAAUAAUGUUGUAAAUAAUGAAAAUAAUAAUAAUAAUAGUAGUAAUAAUAAAAUUAUAAAAAAAUAUAAAAGUAUUAAAAAAAAUAAUAUAUAUUAUCAAGAUAUUAUAUACAUUAUAAAUAAUUUUCUUAUACAUUUUUUAAACAAAAUACAUUAUAAUGAUUUAAAGAAUAUAUUAUUUGGUAUAACAAAAAUUGAAAUGUCAAUUAAUAAAAUAUUAUUAAAUAAUAUAUAUGAAUUAAUUAUCUUAUAUACACAAAAAGGUUUAUAUAAAAAUUAUGAGGUUAUUAAUUUAUUACGCUCUCUAACAUUAAUACCAUAUUUUAAUAAAGAUAUUUGGAUACAUGUCUUAGAGUUUUAUAAAAAUAAUUUCCUUACAAAACAUACAAAUAUAAAAAAUCAUUCUUAUUUAUUUUAUAUAUUCUCCUUUGUUAAAAAUCAUUUACAAAAUUAUCCUUUUCAUCAUCAACUCAUUCAACAUAUAAAUAAAAACGCUAACAUGUUACAAAGAGAUGAUAUUAUAUAUAUAAUUAAGGCUCUUCUCAAUUCUAAUUAUUAUGAUAACGAAUUAGUAAAUAACAUUUUUAAUUUUAUACAAACAAAUUUUAAAUUAUUUAAUAUUAUCGAUAUUGUCUAUAUUCUAAAAUACUGUACUAUCCAUAAUCUAAGGAAUACAAACAUAUUCUCACUCUUUGCUUUAACCAUAAAGGAACAAAAUAAGAAAUCCAACAGAAAUAUUAUAUCUUUAAUUUUGUCUUUUUAUUUGGAGAUGGAUAUAUACCCCAAAAUAAUUGAAGACAUACUUAUGGAAGCCAAACAAAGCAAGAAUAGAAAUUAUUACUUAGAAGAAAUUCAAUGCGAUCAAUAA